UGUGCAUGCUGGGAGUUGUAGUCCGGAGACGCUCCUCACUUCCUCUUCGUUGUUCGGGAAAAGUUUCCGUGUUUUGGGGAAAGUUUACAGGCUCAGCGCUCCAGAAGAGGAUCCUGAACAUUCAGCCACGAGUACGCGAUGUCUGUGUCCGGCGCCUCCAGCAGGCCAAUCACUGCCAUGGCCUGGGCCUCCAGUGGUACCACCUGCCCCAGCCAUUUCACCCUGAUCGGCAUGACUGAAGACGGAACCACCGCAAACUUCACCAAAGGCUUCGCCCUGAAGGCUGGAUACUACCUGUGCUACAGCAAGGAUCUGUCUGGUGGAAUGGUGGUGUCGGAUGUUAAGGUGAUUCCUGAUAAAGAAACACUUCCACAGGGAUACAACUACAUUCCCGAGUUCAUGGACUCCAAGGCCUCUGUUUGGAAGAAGAAGAGAGUGUGUGUGCGUAUUGUUCCUAUGGAAAGUGUAACAACCGCUGUUCUGGACAUUCGACUGACAGCCAAGAGCAAAAUGAUGCUUCAGCAAUACACCUGCCUGGGGGAUAUGCUGGGUUAUGUUCUGUGGUGUAUGAAGGGACCGUUCUCCACUCCUGUACCCCAGGCCAAGCCUCGCCGUAUCAGCCUAGACUUGCGCCAACUCUCACUGGAAGCAACCGGACCUCCACUUCCUCUCAGACCCAGUAACCUGCCUCAAGCCCCGCCCAAGAUCAGCCACUGCCGCAGCACCUUAGACAAUAAGGAGUCCAAGGAGUCACACGACAGCAGUAAUAUCUAUGGAAUCACAGCGAUGGAUGGAGUUCCAUUUGUGCUGCACCCGAAGUUUGAGACUCCAAUUAAUGAAAAGGUGUCUGUAGUCACUCUGGAUGAUUUCCGUAUCAAAUCCACCCAAGACAUAGAAAACGAGUAUCACUACACAUUUGCAGUUGAGGAGUUGGCUGCCAAGCGGUCCCGCCCAUUGAUGUCAUAGUCCGAAACCCCUCCCACUUCGGUUCCUUGACCCCGUCCCUCAUUUUCUCUUGGUUGAAGAUGAAUCCCACCUAAUUUUCUAAGUAUUCUGCAUAAUCGGUGUGUGAGGUGUGAUCAGAGGUUCAGAGGGUUUGGAGUGAAACGGUUCAGACAUCUUUACAGUGGUGGUGAUGGGAACCAGGCGUCGCCAUGACUACAACACAGAUAUAGACACUUUAUUUACCAUCCAGAAC